ACUGGAUAUGAUAAAGAACAGGACCUCGGUGAUAAACUGCAACAAUACUAGACUAUACACGCACAAGAAAGCCUGUUAUGUGUGAAGAGAGACAAGGGUAACAAGCAGCGAGGCUUUGGAUUUUGGAGACCAUCCUCUCCCAUUUUGUUCUUCACUCUUGGACUGUUAAGAUGCUGCAGCUUCUCUUAACUUUUUUCUUCUAUUUUAGAUUUCAGAUGGUGGAUUCACUGGCUCUCGACCCUUGUUCUGCCUACAUAAGCUUGAACGAACCAUGGAGGAAUACAGACCACCUAUUUAAUGAAUCCCAAGACAAACCCAUGUGUGACAACCAUCUGGAGGGAGAAUGGUAUCGUUUCACUGGGAUGGCUGGCGAUGCUAUGCCCACUUUCUGUAUCCCAGAAAAUCACUGUGGCACUCAUUCUCCAAUCUGGCUCAACGGGAGUCACCCAAGUGAAUCAGAAGGCAUUGUGCAAAGGCAAGCUUGUGCCAGCUUCAACGAUAACUGCUGCCAGUGGAAUACUACUGUGGAUAUCAAAGCCUGCCCUGGAGGGUACUAUGUCUAUCGUCUCACCAAACCCAACGUCUGCUUUCAUGUCUACUGUGGCCAUUUUUAUGACAUCUGUGAUCUGAUGGAUUGCCGGGGAACAUGCUUGGAUACCGGUGAUUGUGUGUGUGGUCCUGGAACUGUUCUUGGUCCUGAUGGUCAAACUUGUCUUGAUGAAAAUGAAUGUGAACAAAGUAAUGGUGGCUGCAGUGAGAUUUGUAUAAACCUGAAGAAUUCUCACCGAUGUGAAUGUGGAAAAGGAAGGAUCCUAGGGAGAGAUGAAAAAUCUUGUGAAGAUAUUGAAAGUUGUCAUAACAACAAUGGAGGCUGCAGUCAUUCUUGUGUACCUGUUGAUGACUCAUAUGUGUGCCAGUGCCCCCGUGGGCUGAUAUUAUCUGAGGAUAAUCACACCUGCCAAGUUCCUGUACUUUGUAAGCCCAGCUCUAUAGAAGUGUCUGUUCCCAAGGAAUUAGUCGGAGGUCUGGAACUUUCUCUGUCUAAUUCGUCAUGUAAGGGAUUGUCUAAUGGGACCCAUGUCAACAUUAACUUUAACCUGAAGACUUGUGGAACCACCAUAAAUGUGAUAACUGAUAAGAUCAUUGCCACAAACCUAAUUACGGGAAUGCCAAAGCAAACUCCUGGCAGUAAUGGGGACAUCAUCAUUCGUACCAGCAAACUGCUAAUCCCAAUAACUUGUGAGUUUCCCAGACUAUAUACAAUCUCAGAAGGUUAUGUACCCAACCUCAAGAACUCACCACUGGAAAUCAUGGGCCGUAACAGAGGUACCUUCCCUUUCACACUGGAGAUAUUCAAAGAUAAGGAUUUUGAUGAGCCUUACAAAGAGAACCUCCCAGUGCUCAAACUCAGAGACUCGCUUUACUUUGGAAUUGAACCCAUUAUGCGUGUGAAUGGGCUGGAGACCCUUGUGGAGAACUGUUUUGCCACCCCAACAUCUAAAAAUGAUGAGAUCCUGAAAUACUAUUUAAUCCAGGAUGGAUGUGUCUCAGAUGAAACUGUGAAACAAUACACAUCAAAGGACCAUCUUGCCAAGCACUUUCAAGUCCCUGUGUUCAAGUUUGUGGGGAAAGAUAACAAGGAAGUAUUUUUACACUGCCAGAUCCUGGUUUGUGGAGCAACAGACGAACGAUCUCGAUGUGCUCAAGGAUGUCGCCAACGCAUGCGUAGAGAAGCAAACAUACAAGAAACAACCAGCCCUGUGGCAAAUCAUAUCCUUACUGGAGGUCCCAUCAUAAUAGACAUGGAAGAGUAGUUUCAUCUCUGAAAUGCAAUGCUGUAUAUAAAGCUUUGAUUUGUGGUUACAUUCCCUCUUCAAAAUGUGGGGCAUAGCUGUUCUUGCUGUUGCUUUCAUUACAUUUUUAUCUACAGCAGGCAGGCUUUUUGUUGUUUCUUUAAACUAUGGUUAACAGAUUGAAUGUUUAACUUAAAAGAGCUGAUCCCUCAUCAGAAAAGCUAGAAAGACAUACAGAGUUUUGUUAAUCAUUUGCAUUCCAGACACACAAACAUAAGAGGUACAAACAAAAAAAGACACUUAGGAAAAUAAAAAUGUGUUUCAUACAAACCGUGCCCAGAUACUAUUAACUAAACCCUGAAAAUACUUAUAAUCUGUGUAUCAUUAUAAUUAUGGUUUCCAGGUCACCAGUUCAAUAUGCUGAACUAUGAAAUACAAGUUGACAGCUAUGGAAAAAAUUGAAUGAAAAGUAACAUAUGUCAAAUGAACAAACAUGAAAUGAAA